GUUGGUGUGGUGUUCACCAUAAAAAACUCAUUUUCUGUAAUUUGAAAAUAGCAGAAACCAUUUUAUGGCCAUUAAAAAGAGCAAUUUUUGAAUUAAUGUUCGAAUGAGUAGAUUACGUAUGCUGAUACGAGUGUUCACUGACUUCUUGGUCGUCAAUCGGAUAGUUGAACAUUAUGUAUUAUCUCGCUGCGUUCAGUUUUUUGGGGUUUAUAUCAUGUGAGGACCAGCCUUUGAUAGUCCAAGGAAAUUUCGCGAGGAUAGAAGAUUUUCCACACUCUGUCUAUAUGGAGGUUGGGUGUAAACAAAGGCGCGGUUCAAUGACAUAUUAUCUUUGUGGCGCUUCCAUUUUGAAUGAAAAGAUAGUUAUGUCAGCUGCCCAUUGCUUGGCUGAAUGUAUGAUACCUGGAACUAGGAUUCAUAUCUCCGUGGGGAAAAAUACAGAUGGAGGUCAAAUGACUACGCUAAGAGGACUUAUGAUACAUGAAUAUUACGUCGACAUUGGCGUGGGAUUAGGCAAUGAUAUCGCACUGGCAAGGCUUAACACUGCCCUUAAGUUUGGUAAUAAAGUGAAAAGAGUAGCCUUGAUGGCGAAUCCGCCUUAUCAUGAGAAGGCGAGAGUAGCGGGAUGGGGAAUAAUUAAUGAAAUAAUACCAGACACAUCUCCGUUUCUUCAUUAUAUCGACCAAUAUGUGCUGCCGGCUACGGAAUGUGUGAGAAGGAUGGGGAAGUUCAGCAAACCUGGUACCCUUUGUGCCCAAAACAGAAAUUUUAAUUCUUAUGCUAGCAGGGGUGACUCUGGCAGCGCUCUGGUGGUUCGUGGCUACAUCCAGAUUGGGAUAGUCUCCUACAAGGUCCCUAAGAUCAGCAGAAGCCUCGUAGUCUACACUGAUACCGGGUACUUCUACGACUGGAUAACUCAUAACACGAAAAGACUUUACUGUGCUUAGAUUUAUUGUAAUAAAUAAAUAGGUU